UGUAUUACUGUAACGUACAUGUAAGUACGAUAGACUUUGGUGCGUGUAUCACACUCCCUAAACUAAAUUCAUCGGUGUUCGUACUUGGGUACCGCUCCGUAAUGCGAUGUACCCGAUCCGAUAUGAAUGCGACGGGUCGAUUCAAGUUCCAUUUCGACUUCACAACAGCUACCUGCAAACAAUCCUCAUCAUCGGACUGUACCGAUAACAUUGGAACCAUCAGAAACGAAACGACACCAAACCACAACACCACGUUUCGCACCGCAUAUCCACCAUGGCAACCAACAGCAAUGACGUCCCGAAAAACGACAGCAUUCUGUCUGAUGAACACGACUGCACGUCAUGGCACGCCGGUGGCGACUACAACCCGCUCCCGCACGUAUUGCCGGAGGGAGACAACGCGGCACCUCUCGAGGUGAUGGGAUCGAGCGCCAGCGACAAGCUGGUCAUCAUCAUGGUCGGUCUUCCGGCCACCGGAAAGACCCACAUCGCCAAGCGUAUCUGCCGCUUUCUGAGUUUCUUCCACGACAUUCCCUCGCAGAUCUUCAACGUCGGCGACUACCGCCGCCAGCUGUGCGGGGCACAGCAACCCGCCUCCUUUUACAACCCGGAGAACGCCGACGGGUUGGCCCAGAGAAAGGUCGCCUGUGACGCCGCCCUUGCAGAUCUGAUGGAGUACAUGUCGGAGGACGGGGUGCGGGUGGCGGCUCUGGACGCAACCAAUUCCACGAAGGAACGCAGGAGGCACAUCAAGUCGGUUCUCAAGAAGKAAAAGAACAACAUCAAGACAAUUUUUGUCGAGUCGAUCUGUGACGACGAGGCCGUGAGUAUGAAUAGUGUCGCAGCGAAUCUCGAUACCGAUCUUUGUGUGGAACCCAUAGAUUGCUAUGCGUGUAUGCGUGGGGGUGACAUGAGCACUGCGGGAUAGAAGUCGAAUGUUUUGAUGUGGAGAUCUACCUUCGUUGGCACUUCUCACAAAAUUUCUGUCUUUUUUGCGUCUCGUGAUUUGGAUGCUGAUUUUUGGACAUCUGCUGUAAUUUCAAUAACGACCGAAUAAAUUUUCAUUUUUGCUAUCGUGGACUGCCGACGACACGCAAAACGACACCGUAAUUCAUUAUGUACUAAUACGCAUAACACCAAUAGAUCUUGCUGUCUAACAUUCACAAGGUCAAACUCAGUACUCCCGACUACAAGGGAGUGGAAGAAUCCAAGGCCGUUGCCGAUUUUAUGGCCCGACGUGCCAACUACGAAAGAUACUACGAACCCGUCGAAGAAGACGAUGGAGCCUUUUGCAAGAUUGUCAACUCGCACCGGUACGUCGUGCACAAUAUCCGUGGCUAUCUUUCUCUAAAGGUCGUUCAUUUUGUUAUGAACCUGCACACGAUGCCCCGAACCUUUUAUUUGACGCGGCACGGGCAAUCCGAAUACAACCUGCUGGGCAAGAUCGGUGGGGAUUCCGGCCUCACCCCCGCCGGGCUCGAGUACGCUCGCCGGCUGGCAAUUUUUGCCAAGGAGGAAAUUGCCACCCCCCGACCGGAGGAUCACAUGCACAAUGGCGAGGUGAAAUCUGGUGGCAGCGACAACGAGGGCCGGMUCCAACGGCCCUGCCGGCUGUGGACCAGCACCCUACGACGAACCCGGGAAACGGCACAGUUCAUCGAACACACCAACUUCCGCCACACCUUUGACAAUGGUGACAAUUCCGAUUGGUGCCAGUUUCGCCCCAAGCCCCGCCGGAAUCUCGACGAGUUGUACGCCGGAACCUGCGACGGAAUGACCUACAAGGAAAUCAGCGAGGUCUUUCCGGACGAAUUUUCACGGCGGCAGGCCGACAAGCUCAGCUAUCGAUACCCCCGCGGAGAAUCCUACAUGGAUGUGACGCUUCGGUUGGAACCGCUGGCACAAGAAAUGGAACGCAUCCGAGAGCCCCUCCUGAUCGUCGGCCACCAGGGAAUUUUGCGCAUUUUGUACGCCUACUUUAUGGGGCUAGAUCGGAAGGAAGCACCCUACGUGUCUAUUCCGCUGAACAACGUCAUCGAACUUACGCCCCAUGCGUAUGGAUGCCACGAAAAACGGUACUGCCUUAUGAUGAAGGAAGAGAUGCUUGCAGACGGACAGGACGAGCCCGUAACCAGCAUGCCCGUCGCCCAGAAGGGCUCGCAAGACGUUGGAUUGUACGACACGGCCAAAAAGAAAUGGACCGUCCCCCGAGCUGAGCUCCUCAAAAAACGCAGUAGCGUUCAGGAAAUCGACGCCAAGUACGAAGAAGACGACUCUAUCAUGAACGCUCCCAGCUGCUAAUAGAUAGGACUGUGCAAUAGUAUCAUGGUACAGUAGAAUAAAUUAGCACUUUAUGACAAUAACCCAUACCGACACGAAAUUCUACGAUGCUUUACAAAAAGAGAACCUUGCUUUUCUUAUUUGUAUCCAUCACCGAAACUCCUAAUCAUUCUUCGGAACCUGGUACUAAUGGUGGAUUCAGCAAACAGUGAAUGGUUCACGCUGAACAGUAACAGUAGAAGUGAUGUGCAUUUAUCCCAGCAGAGAUUAAUUCAAUCAACCAUAACAUUGCGA